CACAGCUGUGCCCGGGCUCCAGGACGCGCGGGCCUGAGCUCAAGUGAAGCUCUUGGAAAAGGCAAGACCGCGGCGACACCAUGCAACCGGAGGAGCCCUGCGCCCCCGGAGCCCCCGGCGCGCCCGGCGGUCCCAGCGCCCGUGGCGGUCCCAGUGCCCGUGGCGCCAGCGGAACCCAGCGUUCGCCGGGCCCCGAGCUGCGCCUGUCCAGCCAGCUGCUGCCCGAGCUCUACACCUUUGCGAUGCGCGUGCUGUUUUACCUGGCGCCGGUCUACCUGGCCGGCUACCUGGGGCUCAGCGUCACCUGGCUGCUGCUCGGCGCCCUGCUGUGGAUGUGGUGGCGCAGGAACCGCCGCGGGAAGCUCGGGCGCCUGGCGGCUGCCUUCGAAUUCCUGGACCACGAGCGCGAGUUCAUCAGCCGCGAGCUGCGGGGCCAGCACCUGCCGGCCUGGAUCCAUUUCCCGGACGUGGAGCGGGUCGAGUGGGCCAACAAGAUCAUCGCCCAGAUCUGGCCCUACCUGAGCAUCAUCAUGGAAAGCAAGUUCCGGGAGAAGCUGGAGCCCAAGAUCCGGGAGAAGAGCGCCCACCUGCGCACGUUCACCUUCACCAAGCUCUGCUUCGGACAGAAGUGCCCCAGGGUCAACGGCGUCCAGGCACACACGAACAAAUGCAACCGGAGACAGGUGGCCCUGGACCUGCAGAUCUGCUACAUCGGGGACUGCGAGAUCAGCGUGGAGCUGCAGAAGAUUCAGGCCGGCGUGAACGGGAUCCAGCUGCAGGGCACCCUGCGCAUCAUCCUGGAGCCCCUCCUGCUGGACAAGCCCUUCCUGGGAGCCGUGACCGUGUUCUUCCUGCAGAAGCCGCACCUGCAGAUCAACUGGACAGGGCUGACCAACCUGCUGGACGCACCGGGAAUCAACGAGGUGUCGGACAGUCUGCUGGAGGACCUCAUCGCCGCGCACCUGGUGCUGCCCAACCGCGUGACCGUGCCCGUGAAGAAGGGGCUGGACGUGACCAACCUGCGCUUCCCUCUGCCCCGCGGGGUGAUCAGAGUCCACUUGCUGGAGGCGGAGAACCUGGCCCAGAGGGACAGCUUCCUGGGGCUGCGAGGCAAGUCAGACCCCUAUGCCAAGGUGAGCAUCGGCCUGCAGCAUUUCCAGAGCAGGACCAUCUACAAGAACCUCAACCCCACCUGGAACGAGGUAUUUGAGUUCAUGGUGUACGAAGUGCCCGGUCAGGACCUGGAGGUGGACCUGUAUGACGAGGACCCCGACAAGGAUGACUUUCUGGGCAGCCUGCAGAUCUGCCUGGGAGACGUCAUGGCCAACAGAGUGGUGGACGAGUGGUUUGUCCUGAAUGACACGCCCAGCGGGCGGCUGCACCUGCGGCUGGGGGGGUGGCUGUCACUGCUCACCAACCGGGAAGCCAUGAUGGAGGACCCCAGAGGCCUUUCCACCGCCAUCCUCAUGGUGUUCUUGGAGAGUGCCUGCAACCUACCGAGGAGCCCUUUCGACUAUCUGAACGGUGAAUAUCGAGCCAAAAAACUCUCCAGGUUCGCCAAGAAUAAGGUCAGCAGAGACCCCUCCUCCUACGUCAAGCUCUCCGUGGGCAAGAAGACGCACAGGAGCAAGACCUGUCCCCACAGCAAGGACCCCGUGUGGAGCCAAGCGUUCUCCUUCUUCGUGCGCAGCGUGGCGGCCGAGCAGCUCCAUGUCAAGGUGCUGGAUGAUGACCAGGAGUGUGCUCUGGGCGUGCUGGAGUUCCCCCUGUGCCAGAUCCUCCCCUACGCGGACCUCACUCUGGAGCAGCGCUUCCAGCUGGAUCACUCGGGCCUGGACAGCCUCAUCUCCAUGCGACUGGUGCUGCGGUUUCUGUGUGUGGAGGAACGAGAGCUGGGGAGUCCAUACACAGGACCCGAAGCCCGAAAGAAAGGCCCUCUGUUCAUCAAGAAGGUGGCCGACAGCCAGGGUCCUGAGGCCCCAGCCCAGGGAGAAGGCCCCACACACUUGCCAUGUCCUCCAAACCCUACCUCUGACACCAAGGAUGCCUGCAAGGGCAGCCCGGCCCCCAGCAAUGCUGCCACCGAGCCCAUACCCCAAGAGACAGGCCCAGAGCCCCAAGGCAAGGACGGUGCCAGAGGGUUCCGUGAGCCCCUGGGGGAGAAGAAGAGCUCAGCCACCACCUUCCUGACUGUCCCCGGCCCCCACUCUCCAGGGCCCAUCAAGUCACCCAGGCCCGUGAAAGGCCCUGCCUCCCCAUUCGCAUGGCCGCCCACGCGGCUGGCUCCCAGCAUGUCCUCGCUCAACUCCCUGGCCUCCUCCUGCUUUGACCUGACAGAUAACAGCCUCAACACUGAAGGCUGGGACGGCCGGCAGCGGCAGCUGGGGGAGGUCCGGCUCACGGUGCGCUACGUGUGUCUGCGGCGCUGUCUCCGCGUGCUCGUCAACGCAAUCAGAAACCUGACACCCUGUAGCAGCAGUGGCGCUGAUCCCUACGUCCGGGUCUACCUGCUGCCCGAGAGGAGGUGGACGAGUCGCAGGAAGACUUCCGUGAAGCACAAGACCCUGGAGCCCCUGUUCGAUGAGACAUUUGAAUUUUUUGUUCCCAUGGAAGAAGUCAUGAAGAGGUCGCUAGAUGUCGCGGUGAAGAACAGCAGGCCCCUUGGCUCCCACAGAAGAAAGGAGCUGGGGAAGGUCCUGAUCGACUUAUCAAAAGAAGAUCUGAUUAGGGGCUUCUCGCAAUGGUACCAGCUGACCGCAGACGGGCAGCCCAGGAGCUGACGAUGGGCAGUUUCCCUCCUCGUGUUGAAGUGCACGCGUGUACUGCGUCGUCGCUAACUCCCAAAGCCGUGUGCGGAAGACAGACACGUGCCUCCUGCGUGAACGUUAACUGCAUGCAUGACCGGAUGG